AUGUCUAAUCCACCUCAAAAUCAGCCUCCGGUCGAUAACAAUCCUCAAGAUAAUAAUCCUCAAGAUAACAAUAAUCUUGAUGAUCAAGUGUCCCAUAUCACUUACACUGCAUAUUACGAAGUCACUCCAAUGAACGACCCCAACCACUCCAACGACAGCACCCAACCCAAUGACAAUAAUCCGCCAGACAGAGAUCCAAAUAACUCCUCAAGAAUAAUAUUCUCUGGCAACACAAGAUCCGGUUUGGUCAAUCUGCUUUUAUCAAGCCUCUUUUCCUUCUCCAACGUUAUUCGUGCUGAUAUCCCAGAUUUAGCUAAAAAACAUGCUUCUCAAAAGGCCAUCAACUCAUUAAUUCCGGUCCUGCAAAAGCAUCUAUCCUCAAACAAUUGCUCCAUCUGUUUCGAGUCCUUUGACCUGUUUUCAUCCGACGACGAAAAGGAAUUGAAUAGUCAAAAAAACAAGGAAAAAGAAAAAGAAAAAGAAAAAGAAAAAGAAAAAGAAAAAGAAAAAGAAAAUAGAAAAGAAAAUCAAGAUCCAAUACUAGACAAUAACGACUUUGAAAUGACUGACAUCAAUACCACAAACACCUCUUCUUCUCAAGAUCCACUCCCUAUUCCCAGAAAUUUCUUAUUCGCUGAAGAUGAACCAAUCAUCCCACUAGCUGCCGACCCAACUGCAAGAUCCUACUACUCCUACGAUCACCAAACUGAAUUAUCUAUCAAAAAAUCAAAACUCGAAGAAAAAAAAAGAAAAAAAUUAUUCAACAACUUGAAAAAAUCUCACAUCCCAGUUAAAAUGCCCUGUUGUGAUCACAUCUUUGGUAAAUCUUGCAUAAUCAAAUGGCUCCAAAACAAUAUAACUUGCCCUCUUUGUCGUAGAGAAGUUGAUUUUACAACAAACCACAAUCCAUCAACAAACAACAUCCCCAAUUCUCCUACAAAUAAUGACACAGAUCAAGACGAAUCAAAUAACUUUAUAAUCCUCACUUUCCCCUUAAACGCCUUCUACAUAUCUUCAAACUGGGCUGGUCCAGCUCACACCAUAGAUGAUCCUGAUAUCCCAAUUCCUACCAACCCAUCAAAUUAUCCUUCUGCUCCUCCUCUUCAUUUUGCUCAUAAUUCAUUAGGUCAAGAUCAGCCCCCAAGACACUAUUUAGAUCCAAAUCCACCUAUAAUACGAUCUUUAAAUCGAAUUCGAAAUCAAAAUCAAAAUCAAAAUCAAAAUCAAAAUCAAAAUCAAAAUCAAAAUUCAAAUCUCAAUUUUGAUAAUGAUACUUUUGAAUUACCCUUAUCAAAUAUACCAUCUCUUCUGCCUAGUUUCGUUUUCCUCAAUUCCUCUCUUCAAGGACCAAAUUCAAAUUCCUCUCAAUCAAACCCAACAAACACUAACACUAACACCAACACUAAUACUAAUACCACCAACACCAACACCACCAACGCUAACACUAAUUCGCCCACACUAAACACCUUAAAUACCUUAAAUAUCUUAAGUGCCUCUGAUAUCUCUGAUACCUCAGAUUCAGACAACGACAACACAAUAUCCAACGAUCCUCUAAUCGCAGAAACACUACCCACCUCAAACUCAACGACAACCUCUUUACAAUCUCGUCCUCUUCUUCCUACUGGCUCGGGUGGUCCUCAAAGACUAAGGCACAACGCCUCUUCAAGAUCUCAUCCCUACUUGAGAAACAAUCAAAAUUCCAGAGCAGCUUCAAGAAACUCCAGUCCCUCAGCUUCCAACGUAAAUCUCUCGGACAGGUCUUCUUAG